CUGUUUUCCACAGUGGUUGCACCAUUUUACAUUCUCACCAGCAGUGCAUAGGAGUUCCAGUGUCUCCACAUAGGAGAAUUCAUGAAAAGUUUCCACAAUGGUUGGCUCAGCUCUCAGGAGAGUUUCCCGUGCAUGUGUCUACCUGGUGAGCAAGGCCAGUCAAGUCUCCAGAGGACAUUGGCAUCAGACCUGGGGCUCAAGGCCUGCUGCAUCAGAAUUUGCUGCCCAAGGAGCUCCAGGUGGCGUGGUGGAGCUGCUGGGCAAAUCCUACCGUCAGGAUGACUACACCAAUCUCACCCAGAAGGUCUUCUCCAGGGUUGGCCGAAAUCUGCACAAUCAACAGCAUCACCCUCUGUGGCUGAUCAAGGAGAGGGUGAAGGAGCACUUCUACAAGCAGUACAUGGGCCGGUUUGGGACCCCGCUGUUUUCGGUCUAUGACAACCUUUCUCCAGUGGUCACAACCUGGCAGAACUUUGACAGCCUGCUUAUCCCAGCUGACCACCCCAGUAGGAAGAAGGGGGACAACUAUUACCUAAAUCGUACUCAUAUGCUGAGAGCACACACAUCGGCACACCAGUGGGAUUUGCUGCAUGCAGGGCUGGACGCCUUCCUGGUGGUGGGUGAUGUCUACAGGCGUGACCAGAUUGACUCUCAACACUAUCCUGUGUUUCACCAGCUGGAGGCUGUCCGGCUCUUCUCCAAUCAUGAGGUGAGUCUUGAGAUGUUUUUCUUCGUUGAAGGACAUCAUGGACAUUUAAUGUUGAGGUCACUAAAGUUUAUGUCAGUGAAAUCAGUAUAG